AUGAUUCCACCCUGUGACCCGGCAAUCCUAGAGAGCAAUCCACAAUUCAAACGACUUCACCAGCAUCUAACGACAACAUUACUUCAUCCAGAUGGAUCGACCCGUGCCAACGAUGCGCAACCGGCUCGAAAAGUAGCCCUCGAAGAACUGAAGAACUGUCGCAUUCGUCAUGCCAAGAAAGAAAUCAAGAAGCAGACCAUCCGGAAGCUAGCUUUCGAUCCCGACAGCGGAGUCCCAGAUGAGGAUCGAGACUCCAUGGCCAUCGUAUCCCUCUACCUCGACUCCUCCCCCCGACAAUUAGACCUCGAAACCGACCCAGGAGACACAGCAACCGCGCUGACGCUGCUCGCCCCGGACAUUGACGCCUUCUAUUCCAACCUACCGGCGCUCAUCCCGCAUUUCUCCAAGUCUCUAUCGAGUAUCCUUCAUGACCUGCGAAAGAUCGCGAACGCGGGCGAUCCCACGAGCACAGGACAGUCGACGGAGCCGACACGAUCGCGGACCCGAGCCCGUCACGCCGUGGUCCGCGCUCCUCCUCUCUCGUCGCGGCUCGACGAACGGGCCCGAAACCUUCGACACCUACAAUUAUCGGAGCUCCCGGCGGCGCGGGCACGGAUGGCCGCGACGGCAACGCAGGUUAUGGCGGCACGGGCGGCCGUGAUGGAACGGACUGUGGUGCUGCUGGAGCGCGCAAAACACGGGGCGUUGGCGCGGGCUACGAAAGCGAAGGCCGAGCAUCUGGCUACGGUGGCGCAGGGCGUGGAAGGGAAACUUAGCGUCAUGAAAUUGGAUAUUUCAGCAACGAUAUACACGCCCGAGACUGUCGCCGCGCUCGGUCGAUACCGUCAGCACCUUCAUGAUACUCGGGAAGGGUUGGAAGAGCGUCAGGCACUCGCGCUGGAGGAUCUCAGGGCCUACGAGGACGUGGAUUCGGAGGCCCCUGCGGCUAGAACGCGAAGUAAGGCGCAUUUGGGAUCGGGGCCGAUGAGGGAGAUUGCGCGACGGUAUGGGACGUUGCUCGAUGAGAUAGAGGAGGUGAAGUCGGAGAUUGAGAGAUUGCGGCGGUAG